AUGUCUAACGUAACACUUCGAGAUUUCGUCUGUGAAUACGUCAACCCUAUUUACAUCGACAACUCAAAUAUGAAAAUCGUUUACAUUGUUCAGAUGCCAUUUGGUAUAAUUGGAAUGCUGUGUGCGUCAUUGCUAACGCUUUCUGUUUUCUUCAAUAAAAUUCUUCACUUCAACGUUCGCCUCACACUAAUGAGCUUCUCAAUUGCACUCUUGAUUGCUAAUGUUGGUGAGUAUUUCAAUUGUAUAGUGCUGAGCUCAGCGUAUCAUUUGCUGUCCAUAUUCUAUCGUUCACCUGCCAAUCGAUGUCAGUGGUUGACAUACAUGAAAUCCGAUUGCUUAGCUUUACGAAACGUCUACAACGUUGGUGUGACAGUGUUGCUGACUUCGACGCUGUUCCUGUCCAUUGAACGAAUCAUUGCAACACUUCUCUAUCGAACAUAUGAAAAACAUCAGAAACAGUGGAUCGGUAUACUCAUUGCUGUAAUACAGUGGACAUUCACGUUGCCAAUAUUCUACUGGGAGAAUCGUGAUAACGGAAUGAUACUGCCGUAUUGCGCCAUUGAGUUGUACGAUCCAGCGCUGUCGAAAAGCAUUGAAUAUGUUCAAAUUGUGAUACAAUGUUGUGCGAUAAUCAUUUUUGUCGUCCUUUGGUGUCAUAAUCAUAAUCGAACGGUGGAGCAGUGUCCCAACGAGAAUGUUCUUAGUAUACGAUAUCAGAUUCGAGAGAAUAUCGCCACUACAAAGUUAAUGGCACCAGUGGUGUUGCUGAAUGCUUUGUUCAUGGCUUCUAUCACGCUUCUCUAUGUUAUUCUGCUACCAGACAACGAAUUCUACUCGCACAUCGAUGAUUACAUGCGGAAGGUUGUUCAAUACAGUCUAUUCGCCGAGAUGCAGUACUCAAUUUUGCCACUAUUCACGGUUGUGCUGAUUUAUUCUAUGGGACAUUUCAAUGCACAUUUACGGCAGUCGUUGGUGCACUUAUUGGGUAUCGACCGAUGUGUAUCGAAACACUUUAAUGUGGUCGACGUGACUCCCGAAGAACGUGUGAGACAGCUGUAUUUCGAUCAGUUAGAACACCAAUGGAAUCAUCCAGUUCGUAACCCUGCUACACCACCCCACUCUCAAUGUCAGCAACAAAGCUGCAAAAAGAGCGAACGAGCCAGUGUAUAUACCGCACGAAAUUGA